UCAUGGCUAACCGUACUCCUCUUUGUGGUUACUAUCACCGCGACCAAUGUCCAAGAGGCUCACAGUGCGAUCGCUUACACCCAGCCAAUUUGGACCCCACUACACCCAAGGAGAUCGACUACCAAGUGUGCAACGAGGUCGGUCAAGGAUGCACACGCUGCUUCCAAGCCGGAUACCCAUGUGACAAGAAGAAUCGUGAUCACAAUGAUCCCAUGGAUCCGUGCUCCGAGUGUCGCCAUUUUGGUGGAUCUGGAUGCAAAUGUAUCCUUGCUCAGAAUACAACCCAGAAUGAUAUGUUAUAUCCCAUCAUGCUCAACGGCGCUACUCGUGAGCCCGAGUACAGUCUUCCCAAAUUCAAGGGCAGAGAGGAGCCGAGAUCGGACGGUAAGGUCCCGAAUCCGAUGCCUGCGAACGAGAUCAAGCCCGACUGGGCUGGCGCCUCCAAGGACGAACUACUUGCAACACCAGAUGUGCUGCCUCCCCAAGUUCGCCGCCGCCCUAGAGCCUAUCUCGUUCCUCCACGUGAGACCCACACGAAGAAAAAGAAUCGUGAUUGGCGCGCUCGUCAUCCUCCUGGUGACAUGUCCUUUGUUUCCUCGCCAGGACCAAUGCAGCACACGGUGAUGUGUGCGCCGCAACCAUCAGCAAAUCGCUUCCAGGGCCCCAUCAUCUCGACCACCAUACAUUGGCCGACGAGCCAACCCAUGCCACUGUAUUUCUCCAGUCACACGGUCUCAAGUCCUAGCAUGCAUUAUGCGAGCUAUCCCAUGGCCCAAGCCAUGGCUCCUGCAGUAGGUUGCUUACAAUUCCUGUCCAAAAGCUAUGAUACUGAUCGAUUAGCANNUUGGGCACCUCAACCCAUGGCACAACGUAUGGCUCCUUUGCCCGUCAACCGUGUGCCUGGCACACGUCAGGUGGGCUCUCACUCGCUUCAGGGCAUGUCUCAGACGCGUGUGUCUCGUCCCUCGAUCCGUCCUAGACCAACAAUGCCUGCUCCAACUGUAUCCACUGCAAACACGCGUCGUGCAGACUACGACUCCUCAUCCGACAUCGUUGAAUCUCGACCAUCUAAGAAGUCUCGCACAGAGACUACCGCAACAACCACUAGAGUCGAAGAAUGGGCACAAGACGUUGCCAACAUCAACGACAACAUUGAUACCAAGAGUGAGUUCUCAGUGUCCACCAUGUGGCGCCCA